ACCAGACAUCAUGAUAAUAAGAAAAUUAAAAGAAACUAUAAAAAAAAUUCAAUAAAACAACCACACAGAGGAAUAUAGAGAGGAAUAUUACAUAAACCGGAGCGAGUCUAACCUCAGCUCUUACAAAAUGGCGUCGAAAGGGAUAGAUAUUGGCACUAUGUAAUAACCUCUUUACCGGCGUUUCCUUUUCACAAAACCCCAAGAACAUGUGCUAUUUGCUCCCUCAAUGCUCUCAUAGGAAAGACGUUUGUGGCGUAAAUGUGAAGUGAACUAAACCCCCCCAAGAUGGUAUCUGGGAGCGGGGGUCACAAUGGGGGGGCGGCAGGUGAGGGGGGAGCCGUGUUGGAGGAGGAGGAGGCCAUCAGGAUCUCCCUCACCCCCCACCUCCACGCCCUCAUGAUGGCCUCGCACCGACGCAACUCCUGCUGUCCUCUGCUCUUCGAGAGGGCAGCCGACACUUGGUGGGAUCCCAGAUUUGAUAGUGAAAUCCUUGAGGGUCAGUACCAGAGAUCUUCUCUACCAACCCUGACAGUACGGUUCCGCUAUGCACUAAUAUAUGUUAUAGUGAGCAGUCUUACCUGGACUUUGUAUUGGGCAAUCUCACGAACUUUACACUGGCAUUCGUGUUUAGCUGUAGCUGUGACGCUAGCCUUCUCCUCAGUUUUUCAACUUAUUUAUACUCGGACAAAAAGUUACCAGAGCCACCAGAGGAUUGUAUCAAUAGUCAUGUCUGUCUCGUUGAUGUUGGUGAGCCUUUUGCCGUACUCCCUGGACAGAUCCGCUAAUAAUGAUCUCUCGUCUGUGGGCAUGUUUGCCAUAUGUAUUGAAGUUUUGCUCCUGAUCUACACAGUGAUUCCCCUGCCCCUCUACUUAACUGUGAUCAUGUCUUUACUGUACACCGCCACAUUUGAGAUUCUGAAUGGGUUUAUUAUAGAGUACGAGAUCAAACUGAUUUGUGUGCGUCUUGGACUGCACCUCUGCAUCCACCUGAUUGGUGCCCAUAUCAUGAUUAUGACACAAGUACGAAUGCGUGGCACUUUUAUGAGCAUCGGUCAGUCCCUCCUGGUGCGAAGACAGUUAGAAAUUGAGAAGACCCUAAAGGAAAAGAUGAUCCACUCGGUCAUGCCUCCAAAAGUCGCCGACUGGCUCAUGAAGGAAACUGCCGCAGAGGAGAAUGAUGACGCCACUCACUACAGGGAGGACGGGGCUAUACUGAGACCGGUUUCAUCUCCGAGGCCAUCUCACACGAGUGGUUUAGACUCUAUGUUCAGACCUUUUAACAUGCAUGGAAUGGACAAUGUUAGCAUUCUCUUUGCUGAUAUUGUUGGUUUCACCAGAAUGAGCUCAAAUAAGACUGCCGAACAGCUCGUCGACUUGCUGAAUGACCUGUUUGGCCGUUUUGAUGACCUCUGUCAGAAGCAUUGCUGUGAGAAGAUUAGCACCCUUGGGGACUGCUACUAUAGUGUUAGUGGAUGCCCUGAACCCAGACCAGAUCAUGCAGAGUGCUGUGUAAAUAUGGGUCUGGCAAUGAUUGAAGCCAUCCGAGAAUUUGAUAUCGACACCAACGAGGAUGUAAAUAUGCGUGUUGGGGUGCACACUGGGAAGGUAUUGUGUGGCAUUGUGGGUACCAAGAGAUUUAAAUUUGAUGUGUGGUCAAACGAUGUAACUUUAGCUAACCAGAUGGAAUCAACAGGAAAGCCAGGCCAGGUGCACAUAUCUGAUGCUACUCUGAGCUUCUUACCAAAAGAUAUGUACAUAAUUAUAGAGGGAUCAGAAGUGAAAGGCUACAAGACACACUUCAUAACAGGUUACAAAUUAAAGCCCAUGGAUAGACGAGAAAAGUCCAACGAUCACUACAAUUCUCACAAGGAUAACAAGAAAGCCUCAAGCUUGCCAAACAUCCUGGACUGCGGGAAGGAAGCCGAUGGAAACGGCAACAUGAAAACCAAGCCAGACCUGGAGGGAACGAAAAGCAGGCGUUCCCUAGCACCAGCGAUAGACCUCCCUCGGCUUAGAAUACCCAGACUACCCAGGAGCUCAGAUAAAGCCAAAGUUAAAACUGCAUCUCUACCAAAGAUUGGAAGCAAACAGGAGAAUAACAAGUCUGCCGAGUGGAGCGAGCUGUGGAGCGGAGGAGACCUGGAGGAGGGCCUUGGACCAGGGUGCGGCAACAGCCCCUCCACCCUCACCCCCACCUAUACCUCCACCCCCACUACCCUCCCACCAUCACCACAGCCACCUCCUCCCACCCCCCACACCCCCACCGCUCCAGAUUUACCCGAGGAUACGUUGGCCAUGCCCCACCUGCCGCGGGGAGGACUGCAGAACUCUUGGGGCAGUGUCACGGGCAAGGACCCCAGGAAGGACUCCGGCAUCAGAAGUAGACGGUCAAGCAUUCAGGCUCAGAUUUUUGCAAUUAAUGGUAUGAGUCCAGGAGACUUAUUAACACAUCGAGUCAGUGGAUAUUAUACUUCCAGUCAGUCUUCUGUUGCUGAGAACAAACUAGCUGAGAUGGGGGAAAGUGUGAGUGGAGCCGAGCCAAGCAGCAUCCCCCUUAAUGAGAGCCUAACACGCUUCCACCAGCUUAGAAAACAGUCAGAUCUGGAACUGAUCAAGUGUGUACAACGUGACACCAACCACCGGCAGUACAUCUUGGCUCCACCUCUGUCCCAGCUGACAUUAUUCUUUGUAGAUGAAGAGCUUGAAAAACAGUACCGGCAACAGACGCACCAGCCGAGACAUGACUCUCCCCCUACCUUAGCAUCUAGCCACUUCAAUACCUAUUUUGAUAUAUUGGUUAGUGUACUAGUUUAUAUUGUAGUCAGCUUCUCCCUCUUUGUUUUAUUUCCUUAUUCACAAAGCUGGCUUAUCCUCUGUUUGCUGUCCACAUGUUGGCACUUACUGCUGUUGGUCGUUUGCUCACCACAAGUCGUACGUGGUGAGAAUUAUGUCUCGUCCUCAUCUCGAACCUAUAGCCUGUACAGCAAAUUGACUCGGUGGCGCCCAUGGCAUGCAUGUGGGACGUCCCUCAUCUGUCUCCCUCUUGCGGCCGUCUUCUCAAACUUUUCUUGUGAGUCAAUGUGGGUCAGUGAUGAUAGAUACUCUUUGAAGUUCUUCUGCUUCUUAGCAUUUGUGGCAACAAUACACCUUUGUAACUUCACACAACUUAAUUGUUGGAUGAAGAAUAUUUUAGCAACCAUUGGGACAGUAGUUUUGUUGGUUCUGAUAGAGCCUUCCUUUUGUAGGGGAGAACAAGUUAAUGGGAAUUUCACCAGUAAUAAUAUUACAGUAUCUGAACAUGAGGAAUAUGAACGCAUUGAAUACCGAGAGGAGGUGAUGGCAGCGGUAUUACUCCUUGUGCUGGUUUGGUUCCUCAACCGGGAAUUUGAGAUAAGCUACAGGUUAAGUUUCCAUGGAUCAGUGAUGGCCAUAAAGGAUAAGGUCAGAGUGCAGACAAUGAAGGACCAGGCAGAGUGGCUGCUGCACAACAUCAUCCCAAGACAUGUGGCUGACUCCAUUAAAACUACAGCCAAAUACUCUGAAAACCACAAGGAUGUAGCCGUCAUGUUUGCAUCCAUUGUAAACUUCAAUGAGCUUUAUGAUGAGGACUACCUUGGGGGGAAGGAGUAUCUCCGUGUUCUCAAUGAACUAGUCGCUGACAUGGACGAGCUCCUUUCGCAAGAUGAAUUCAAGAAUAUUGAGAAGAUCAAGACUAUAGGCAGUACUUACAUGGCGGCAGCAGGGUUAGACGCCAAAGUCAGAGCUGAGAACACAGAUGCUCAUCAACACAUAUUUGAAUUGGUGGAGUUUGCCCUGGCCAUGCAGAAGGUUAUAGAUGACUUCAACCAGGAUCUAAUUGAGUUCAACCUGAUCCUGCGUAUUGGCCUCAACUUUGGUGAUGUGACAGCUGGUGUCAUAGGCACUACCAAAUUAUACUAUGACAUUUGGGGAGAUGCAGUGAACAUAGCCUCGAGAAUGGACUCCACUGGGGUACCAGGACGCAUACAAGUAAGUGGUGCGUGUGCUGCCAUCCUCAACAGGCGCUAUGAACUGGAGCGCCGUGGACCAGUCUUUGUGAAGGGGAAGGAUAACAUGGACGUUUAUUUGCUCAAAGGGAGGAAAGACGACACAUGAAGGGACUACAACAAGAACGUAAGGUUUUGGCUUUGUCAAGACAAGUUAACUGAUUCAGAGUAUCUUACUGAAUGUCUUGCAUUAGGUUAACAUUUCAUGGCCAUAGUUUCUCUGCUGGGAUGAGGAAUGUGAUUCAACCACAUGGUGUACAAUUGCAGCGCAGUCUUCAUGUAGAGAAACCUUCCCAUGGAAUAAGUUAUCCCACUGGGUUUAGUACUAAUUUUUCAUUUCUUUUUUUUCUUUUUACUUUCUUUCCAUCCUUUGUUUUAGUAGUGAAAAUAUAUGCAAAAGAAGACUGUGCAUGUUCACGUCUGUAUAAGUGAACUCCUAUGCACAGAAGUCAUCGUGUGAUAUGUCACCAGGAUCUAGAAAGUGAAGGCACUGCCUCCGAAGCUGUGCCUAGAAAUAGUUGCACUAAUAACAUUGAGAUUACAAUGCACAAAUUUGUACGCUCAAAACUAACGGCAUUGACAAACUUACAGUGGCAGGAAUAAAAUGUUAAAAAAAACUCUUUAACAAGCACAAAAUAACUGAAUUUUAGGCUUAAGGUUUUCAUAGGAUGCAGUUCCUGAGGAAAGGUUUGAAUGAUUAAAAAGAAAAUGUGUGUGGAGAAAAAAUUCUUCCCUUCAAAUAUGGGUUUGCUUAUGUUAUAUUAAUAACUAGUGUUUAUGAGUCAUAAAUGAAUUUUAUUAUAUGUUCCAUUAUUUGUAGAUAUUUACACACAAACACAUGUAUCCUUGUAGUUAUGUAAAUGUGUGAGGGGAUUAUAUGAGGUGUGCAAUUUAUUUAAGAAUUGUUUGCGACACUUAGUUCAGAUGAAAAUUUCUAUCUUUUUGAAAUGCAAUAUAUUUAUUUGCCUUUGACUCUGUCUACAAGACGAAGAAAAAGAUGAUAAUUUGUAGACAGUAAAUCAACAAUUUGCUCUGCCAAUUAGAAGUAGAAUUUUUUUUAAUAAGUUAGGAUAAUACUAAAGGGAUUUUAUAUUUGCUUGUAGAGUCACACUAAACCAUUACACCCCCUCUUAUGGAAGCAACAAAGUGGUGUAAUGGCAGGUCUCUCCCAACCCAGUGCCAUCGUUCACUAUGAACACUAGAGAGAAGGAAGGAUCUUUCUGCUUUUUCUUUUUUAUUACGGUGUUUUAUUGUACUGUUAUAGAUGGGAGAAAAGAAUACCGUUUCUCACUUUUUUUGUCGGUGGAAAUGCAUUUACUUAAUGUGUUGCUGAGGUAAUACAUGAUGCUUUUUAGAGUUGAUUCUUUUAUUUCUGAAAGGGGCAGUGCGCCAUGAUCUUCUUUUAAACAGUGUUGCCUCCUGAGUUCACAUGGCUCUAUAUAUUUUUAUACACAAUUAUAAGAAGGAAAAAAAUUAGCUCGAGUAUGAUAUGCCGUAUGAAAGGGACAGUUUAUUGUCAAAGAUUUCUUAUAGAAUAUCUACAGCAAAAGGACUGUGAAGCACACCAGAUGUUCACAAAUAAGCAGAUGGAAGAGUGGCUUGAAGAUAGUAACAUUACAUGAAGGUACGAGGACCCAGUGGAAGCAAGGGUCAGCAUUGUAUGUAGCAUGAUGCAGUGGUGUGGAUCUGACAGUGAAUCUCGCACCAUUAGUGAUAUCUCUCCUUGGACUGCUAAGUUUUAAUGAGAUAUCAAAAACAGUGCUCAGCUGUGAAGAAAGAUCUGUGAAAGAAAAAAAACAAACUAUAUACAUAUAUAUAUACAUACAUAUAAGUAUUUACUCUAUGCAUUAAUGUUAACUUCUUUUUUUAUUUAUUUUAUUUUAUUUUUUAUCUAGACAGAUGUUUGCAGCUUCACAGAGUCAGUGAUUUGAUACAUCAAAAAAGGAAGGGAUUGGUUGUUAUAAUGUACUGGCUUUUCACUGCUGAAUUAUGCAUUGAAGAAUUGCAUUUGCAAAAUCUGUUACUUUGUCCAUAUUAUGUUGCAAGCACUGUAAUUUGCUAUAAUCUUUUUGCAGAUAUUGUGAAUUGUAUUUUUUCAUAAUCAAUGGAAUAUAAUGUGAUGUUUCUAUGUAUGCAAGUAACCAUAUUAGAACCAGAUGGCCAGAUUUGUUUAUGUUAGUGAUGCUUUUACAACUGUCAAAAGCCGUUAUGAAGGACUCCAUUUAUUUUUUAAUAAAUUGCUUUUGAUAAAGCCCCAAAGAAAGAUGGGAUGAAACAAAAAGUCGGAUGGUAAGAGACGCACCAUUCGUGGUAACAUUCAGUUGUAUUCAGUACUAUCAAGAGGAGAUACAACCAUGCUACAAAGGCAAUUUGAUUUAGAGAAGGUGGCCUGCAUGUCCACUCCUUGUCAUUUAACUAAGUGUUUAAUUGCUUGUGACUGUCUCUAGGUUAAACAAUGGAUGUGACUCAACCAGUUUUCAACCCGCAUAUCAAGUUGAUCUCGUAAUUUGAUUGACUUCGCAGAGGACAAGAAGAAAGUGAACUUGUCGCUCCCUCGUGCCAUGCAGAUGGUCCUUUACCAGGUGGUAGUGUUUAUGGUGAAAUGCAAAUGCUGUAGUCCAGGUUUGCUUGUCUGUUUUGCUACUUACAUUUCUUUUUAUCUUUCACUUUUUAUUUAUUCCCCUUUUUUAUCUGAUAAUUUGGGUUAGGUAUAGUUGGGUCUGAGUUUAGGGGUCAAUAUCAUCUAUCUAUAAUUGUUACCGAUAAAUUUUGUUUUGACUACUUUUUACGGUUCAUUUCAAGAUGAAACUUUUGCUACUUGUUUCCGUGGUGCUGUUCCAAAAUUUUGCAUACAACAAAUGGUUAAAACUUGUCUCAUUCCACAGAAGCUUUUAGUUAGUAGAAAUCCCCCCCCCCCCUUUUUAUUUUUCAAACACAGUAUUACGCCAAUGACCAGAAACCUUUGUUUAUCGGACCAACUGUAGUAGAAUUACACUAGGCAUAACAAAAGCGGAUGUAACACCCAGUUUGCGGGACCUUUGAGGUAAGCUGAGAUUGUGCCUUUCUAUAUUGUAGGUUAAUGUGAUUUUUUUGUUUUUUUUUAUUUAUAAUUUUUAAAAAUAUUCUUGUUCCUUUUUCUAAAGAGUUGAUAUGGGAGGAGAGGGAGGGAAAAGUCAGGAGUUGGUGUUGAGUGAGUCGUACAUACACAGUGCUUUGUAACUUGUAAUAUAUUUAUAUUUGUGGUGUUUUAAUAUAGCUAUCCCAUUUGUUCCAAGCAUUGCAUUGUGGCAGUAUAUGUUUAUUUGAUUAUAGUCAGCCUUUUUUUUUUUUUUUUUUU